CAAAAAGCCAAGCGCGUGCGCCGCGUCGCGCUUCUUUCCCAGACCAACAGGAUUGAUUGCGUUGCUCCAGGACGACUGUCACUAGCCAAGAUGGGUAUCAAGGGUCUGACGGGACUGAUCAGCGAUGAGGCGCCCGACGCGAUCAAGGAGCACGACAUCAAGACGUACUUUGGCCGCAAGGUGGCCAUCGACGCCAGCAUGAGUCUAUACCAGUUCCUCAUUGCCGUGCGUCAGAGCGAUGGGCAGCAGCUCAUGAGCGAAAACGGCGAGACAACGAGCCAUCUCAUGGGCUUCUUCUACCGCACCUUGCGCAUGAUCGACGUCGGCAUCAAGCCCAUGUACGUCUUUGAUGGCAAGCCGCCGGACCUCAAGGCAAAGGUGCUCCAGGGACGCUAUGGGAGAAGGGAAGAGGCGCGUGAAGAGGAGGAAGAGGAGAAGGAUGUUGCGACCGAGGAGAGGGCCGACCAGUUGGCGCGAAGGCAGGUCAAGGUGACGAAGCAGCACAACCAGGAAGUGAGGGAGCUGCUAAAGCUCAUGGGCAUCCCAUGCAUCACUGCACCCUCCGAGGCCGAGGCGCAGUGUGCCGAGCUGGUCAAGGCUGGCAAAGUCUUUGCAGCCGGCUCAGAGGACAUGGACACCCUGACUUUUGGCACGCCCAUCUUGCUCAAACAUCUGACAUUUUCCGAGGCAAAGAAGAUGCCUGUGCAUGAGGUGAACCUCGCAAAGGCCCUCGAGGGGCUCAAGAUGGACGUCGACCAGUUCACCGACCUGUGCAUCCUCCUGGGGUGUGACUACAUGGAGCAGAUCAAGGGAAUCGGUCCCAAGACGGCACUGAAGCUGCUGCGCGAGCACGACAACAUCGAGGGCGUCCUCAAGCACAUCAAGGACAGCGGCAAAAAGAUCACCGUGCCUGAAGUCUGGCCCUUUGAGGAGGCGAGGGCCAUCUUCAAGGGCCCCGACGUGCAGAAGGGCGAUGAUCUGGAGCUCAAGUGGGAGGCACCGGACAUUGAAGGCCUUGUCAAUUUCCUGUGCGGAGACAAAGGAUUCAAUGAAGACCGGAUUCGAAAGGGUGCCGAAAAGCUUCAAAAGGCGAUUGGCCAGAAGCAGCAAGGCAGGCUCGACAACUUCUUCACCGUUGCCUCAACUAAACGCAAGGCAGAGCCAGAAGAAGACAAGAAGAAAGGAUCAAACAAGAAGAAGGCAACGGCGUCCAAGAAAAAGUAGCCGUGCCCAUCCUUUUGCUCUGGCCCAUGUACUAGUACGAUUUCCACCUCGGAACUGAGUCUUCUUUCGGCAUCAAGCUGCAUUUCUGCCUUGUCUAGUGGUGCUGAGGUCAAGAAAGCUUGGCGCUGAGCUGCCUCGGGAAC